UUAAAAAAAUCAAUUCCAGACACAACCUACAUAGUGGAGUCCGUCUGGGCGAUUAUAUAUAAACACCAUUGUCCUAAGUAAAGAACUUAGAAGACACAGAUAUUGGCUAACUUUGUUUGGAAACCCACAAUGGAGUGUCCAUCACAGUUACACUAGUAAUUUCAGCACACAAUUCUGUAUACAAAUGGCGAACCAAGUUCUACUUAAACAAAUCGACAAGGGUUCAAAUUUUGUGUUAUCUCCUUUGUCUUUCCAUUUUAUGCUGAGCUUGAUCGCCUCAGGAUCAACAGGACGUACUUUGAAACAACUUCUUUCGUAUUUGGGAUCAAAAAGUAUUGGCGAUCUCAAUUUUAUGUCUUCACAGUUUAUCCCUCUUACAUCGAUGAUGUCCAAUGUAAAAGGCGGCAAGAACAAGAACAACCAAAUUUCAAGUCCAUCUAUAUCGUUUGCCAAUGGUUUGUGGAUUGAUCGACGUUUCAGUUUGAGUCCUUCUUAUGAAAGGAUUUUGAAAGCUUCUUAUGAUGCCAAAGCCAACGAGGUUGACUUUGCAAACAAGAUGUUCAACAUCAACAUCUAUUGGUACUGGUGGAGAUAGGGGAUGAAACCAUUGAGAUUAGAUUUAGAAGCAAAAAAUGUAAUUGUGGUGUAAUUGCAGUACUUUGGAUGACAGAGUCCGAGACGUCAAACAAAGGAAGACCUUAUUAGGCAUGGUGUAAUUCCAUAACAAUCAAACAUAGAGAUUUAUGGCUACCAACACUCAUGAAGUAAAGAACAAUCCAUUGAGUUUGAAUAUUGAAGGAAUUAAAUGUAAUAUUAAUAUCGUAAAAAUGUUGAUUUAGCACACUCUUGUAUUUUGUGUUGCAGUGCCAAUAAAAUGAGUAUUGGAGAAUAUGACU